AUGGUUCAACAUCGCUCUUUGGCAUCCUUAAUCAGAAUCUGUCUCCCAAGAAGUUUGAUGGAGAUCCAGGAACGGGCAUUUGAAGGGUGCGUCUCCCUAAAGACUGUGGAACUUGGGUUGAGCAAUGACGAAAAAGUUCAUUUCGAUAGCAGUAGUCUCAAAGUUAUUGGACGCGGUUCUUUCAUUGGAUGCAUCUCCUUGAUCAGUGUCGAGUUUCCAUCGAGCGUGCAAAAGAUUGAAGAACAAGCGUUCGAGUCUUGCACAUCCUUGCAAGAAGCAACACUGCCCAAAGCGUUGCUGCGGAUUGGCAGCCGAGCCUUUUUCAAGUGUAUCAAUCUGCGACUACUAGAACUAAACGAUGGACUCCGCUACAUCGGCAAAGGUGCCUUUUGUUCCUGUCGAGCCAUCGAAUGCGUCCGCCUUCCUCCGACCAUCAAGAAUAUCGACGAGUUUGCGUUUGGUGAUUGCAAGAAGCUGUUAUCAGUGGAGUUUCCAGAGACGGCCCAGUGCUGUUUGCUACGCAGUAAUGUUUUCGCCGGCUGUGAGAAGCUUUUGAACUGUUACUUGCCGUUGAAGCAGCCCCAGAGAAUAGCCUUUGCAGAGAAUGACCUCAUGUUCCGCUUUGGCGGUCCGGACUAUAAUAAUUUGCAACGGCGAUUCGACCAUCUUCCAAUUCAUAAGCUAUGUUACAUUCAGUGGACUCAUUCAACGCACAUUAUUCGGCAGCAACUGGAAGUUCUCAUGGAAGACAAUGAUGUUUAUGAAAGCGGCUACCGGGCCGACUGUUUCUUCUUGAACCCCUUUCACAUCUUGUCAUUGUCCCACAAGCUAAAUACAGAAAUCUUUCACUUUUUAUUCAAAAGGUAUCCAGGAGUAGAUCUGAACGAACAUAAUAUUCUUGGCAUGUCUCCAAUGGGUAUACUACUCGAACGAGUGCGAAUGGGAAGCUUGAACGUUGAGGCUCUUCAACUGAUUGUCGGAAUGGUUCUACAUGACCGCCUACACGCGUUGCGACCCGAUGAAGCUUGGGUGUCAGAAUUCCAGACUACAGUAAAGUCCAUUGGUGGCUGCGAUCCCAAGAAAGAUGUAAGCAGAUUACUUCAAAAGCUGGAAUUUCGUGAAAAUAAGGAAUCCUUGACGAUAUUGGAGCUUGCCAUGUGGAAAGCAAAGCUGAUAAAAGUGACUAAUACCAAUAGUCUAAAUAAAAAUACUGGCAACAACAAGCGCAAACGGAAAUUUUGCGACGCCUUUCCAGACGACGCAGAGCACUGCGCUGUUCGCUCCUCCUGUCGGAGUCAGUCCGGCUCGGAGUUUGUGGUUCCACUCGUCUUGGGUUAUCUGAGAAAGCCGAUGGAAGAUUCCGAAAGGGGCAUCGUUGGCAAUCAUCAAUAA